AGGAGCUGAUGGUGCGGAAGAUUUCGUUUUCGAUGUGCCUUUUACAUGGGAUCGAUAGGUAUAAUCACUUACUUUUGUUCUCCGUAGUUUGGUCUCAUCAGCCUUGCAAGAAAGCGGCGGGUACUUUUGUUCUACAAGCCAAUGUGAUACGUCUCACCUGACUGUUUACCUGCGAAACAAGGCACGAUCGCUCGCGCCAGUGCUAAAUCCCAGUGCAACAAGAUCACGAAGUAGACAAACUUUGCGAUUGGCAAUCUAAAAGUCCUGCAGCAUACAGCGACCUCUUCAUUUGUUGCGAUGGCAGGCCUUUGCAGCUCCUGCAGUGUCAUAUAAACGAGCAAGUAGAAAGUUCCACGUGGCCAAAAAGUUCGUGACAUAAGUAUCUGCUAUUAAGCAGUAGAAGUUGUUACGGGAGCAACGACGAGCCAAGCAUCAGGGUCGUGAACGCAGCAUCCUCUACUGCUAGAUCCAUGUAAACCUUGGAGACCUCAGUGUGGAGCGCGUGAGCUUUGAUUUUUCGUCCAGGAAGAGAGGCAUCAAGAUCGACCACAAGUCGAUUUGAGAGUCUUACGGCCCGCGUUUUGGGAGUCUUCCUGCGCCAUACUUAUGGUCUGGGUACCUGCGAACGAACAGCGUAAUAAUUUUCGGACAAAACACCGGGUCUUUGGCUGCGAAAGGCACCGUCAAUUCUAUUCAAUUAUAUUUCGAGUAGGAGGAAAUCUGCUCACGAGAACCCUACGACGACAAACAAAUGAGCCAGGUAUCCGAGAGGGGCUUAUUGUGCAGGAAGAUUCACAUCCUCCUAGCCUUAAUCUAGAAGCCAGCUUCUCAAUAGGUAGUGCUAGCUGAACAUCGGACACACUCGCCAUCAUCGAAGACUUCAUCGCGGCCUCUAGUGCACGCUAGUAUCGCGCACAAAAAAUCCGACUCGCAAGCACUAGCAUGACUGUCGGUGGCAGGGGCCCAAUGGCACGCAUGCCUAUGGAAAUCAGUAUGGGGGAAGAGGACAAAGGCCUCAUGAGCCGGGUUGUGGCAGGAUGCUACACGAUAUUCAUCGUCCUCUGCACAUUCUCAAUAUCAAUAGCACUACUGAACAUCACAAAGUACUUCAACUUUUUUUUGAGCUUAGUUCCCAUCUUUGACCUGGCUUUUUUCUCUUUGUGAAGAUCAUCUUCUGAGAUGACGACACUUCAGUCGAAGAUUAAGUACUUAUCUGCAAAUCCACAUUUCGUCUCUACUUCUAGUCCAACUAGUACACCAAUGCAUUACUUUUAUCUGUCAUCAAAUCUUUCUCAUGCAGGUGGAUAUAUGUGAUGUAUCAUUUCAAGUACCCACUAUGGAUGACGGCAACGCAUAUGGUCGCGAGCUAUCUCGUUGCUUCGGUGAUGAUUUUCGUCUUCGACUGGGUUCCAGCGAGGAGAAAACUCAGCUUGAAGGAGCAAGCCUUCACGGUGGCGCCGUUCAGGUAUGUUCAUCCUUUUGUUGAAGAUAGUACUCGUUAGUUGAUUUUGAUGUAGAUUUUCACUGCUAAGUAUGACCCUCACAAUCAAUUACUACUUCACGAACUAGGCGUAAGUAGUUAUAUUUUUACUGCUAAGUGUUGGAAAUAAUACAAAGCAUAGCCCCCAUACAUUGAUGAACAUGAUCUACUUUCUCAAGCUUUUCUUCCAGCAACACUUUUUUCAUACAAACAAAUGAUUCUCAAGACAGCUUACUCGGAGCCGCAUCAAUAGCGUGCGGGAAUGCUGCUUUGGUCUUCCUGUAUCCGUCAUUCCAUGAAAUGUUGCAGAACACAACGCCCUUCUGGACCGUUGUUUGCUCUGUGAUCUUUGCCGGCAAGAGCUACAAUAAUUACGGCCAUUGCUCUCGUCCGUUGUCUCUUCUUGAAAAUCACAACUUUUUCUUGUAGUAUUGCUUCAACCUCAAAAGGCACUACAUCAAGGACAAGGUCUAACCUACUACGAGAAUUAUUACCUGAGCAUUGUAACCAUAAUUAUCCUGUUGUUCCCACUCGUCUCGUUUCAUCCACAUUAUAAGCUUCGCGACAUGCUGCACCUGCACUGCUUGAUCAUGAAGGCUUUGUUCUCUCUAAGACCCUGGCGCAUAUCUGGCCUUGAUACCUGUCACAUUCGGUGGAAGCUUAUGCGCGUAUGGUGAAACGAGUAAAUUUGCGAUUCUAGGUGUGAUUGUAUCCUUCGGGGCAGCCAUCUUCCGAGCGAUGCGAGCAAUAGUGCAAGCGAAUUUGAUGCGCGGACAAGAGCCGCUAGAUUCGAUCACUCUCCUCUUCUACUUAAGGGUGUGGGAAAUCCAUCUCCAAAGUCAUCUGGAAGUAGAAAACAAACAGAAAAAGGACCUCCCAGAUGAUCCCCGGGAUGAAUUUCCCACACCUCUAAUCUGCGCUGCCCCUUUCAACACAGCGCUCUUCCUCGUACUUAUAUUUUUUUUUGCAGUUUUGCUUACAUUUUGCCAUGUGGAUCAGAAUCAGAACUCGCUGAUUUGCUUGUCUCUUUUGUGAAGUUCAUCAAAAAGAAAUGAUAAAUGAUUUUUGUACUUCCACCACGAAUCUUCCCACCUUUUCAUCUAAUGUAAGUAGUGCUUUAAUGAACCUGCACGUGAUUGAGAUUGAUGUUUUUCCGCGGCACUUGGUGCAACUAGUAGUGAGUGUAUCAUGAUAAGUACUCUUACUCUUGCUGUUUUCCUACAGGACCUGUAUGUAAACAUAUUUUUCACCCUCAAUAAACAGACGGGAUCCGUGUUAUUGGAGGGGACUCGACCGUGGACAGAGAUACAGACGGUUCCACUUACAGGAGUACUGUGGAUAGCGUUGGCGGCAUGCUGUGCUGCAUGCUAUAACGUACCGCUAUUUUGUUGUUUCUGUUUCUUCCUUCCAAUUUGUGAUCGUUGAAUGUGUUUCGUCUUGCCGGUAGUUUAGGCGGACUAAGAACUUGAGACGCCAUGAUGAUGAUUUGAGUUCCUGCUUAGUCCUUUACAUCAAGUAGGUGCUGUUUUGAGUUUGGAUGUAGUUCUUAGUCCCUAUUCGCAAAGUAGAGGAGCAUGUUGGUGUUUUCUUCUAGUAGCGCUACUCAAGGACCAAGCUCCUAAAUGUUUUCGCAGUAGAAGUUGUUGCAACGAAUCACUUAACACUAACUUCUGAUCUUUUUCAUCAGAGAAAUACAGCAGCAGCACGCUUCACUCCUGUAUUGAUCUCUAUCUCCAGUUAUUUGCAUUUCUUUUGGUUGGGCAUCUGGGUGCAGUCGGCUCGAUGGUGAUGGGAAAUCUCAAGACUCCAACAAUCAUCGUUGUUUCCUGCGCAAUAUUCGGCAACGCGGUAACAGCACUUCAAAUGUUGGGCUUUGUCGUAACCUCCGGUGGAGCAUACGCGUACAACGCUUAUGGCCAAGAAACACAGACAAGCCACGGGAGCGCGGCAAAAGUUGCUUAUGACGUUCCCAGCGCAGUGGCCGACGAAGCUAGCACUACUGUAGGCAGUAGCAGAAAUGGAGAAUUCGGUCUGGACGAAAUGGACGAUACCGAUAGCAUAAUACUUGCGAGAAGUAACAACAUUUAGCUUUAGGGUUGAUGUAUUUACCCAUGCACCCACUAGGACUGCGACGCGCACGCAUCGAUCGAAAAUCAAUGAUCUUCACCCUCCACUACUCCGCGCUUACGCCGCGUUGCCUCCAUGAUACCUAGUCCUUGUAUGACAUAGUUGAGCGACCUUACGGCAAUCUUUGUCCACCAAAAAUGAUUUUUUCUCUAGCCAUUAGAUGUACAUAAGUACCCAGAGGAGCAGGACUAUGUAUAUUGAUUUCAAGGCUCGCCCGAUCAGUAGUUUUCGCUGCCACAGUCACACUGACAACCCUAUUGAAUUACGCUAGCUUCUCGCUUGUCAACUUCAUGUUGCUUUCGGCUUCUCGUUAACAAUCACAACCCCAUCGCUGUUGGCACUUCGGUAACAAUCUACCCCUAUUUGUCUAUUGAUUAAAUGAUAUAUCUCCCAUCCCCAUGCUUUCUUGUAUACUUGAUCAACUCGAUAAUUUCCGGCAGAGACUCUGUGUAUAAUUCUUGUUUUUUUCACUGCAGUCGUAGUACGUUGCGACUUCUCGUCGUGUCCAAGACAGACAUCGCUACCCAUGCCACCUAGCUGAUACCAUCUCGGUAGAAGCCAGUUCCUCGUCUCUGUCUCUUCGCAGCGGGCAUGGGAUUCAUUUGUCGGUCAAAGGCAAAUCUGAUGGAAAUCGCGCUAAGCGAGCCACGAGAAGCGGGCAUGCGUCUUUCAUCUUGUACAACAAAAUUCUCUUUGGAGGAUGGAGCUGUAGGCUGCAUGUUUGUUAGGUAUUAAUUUACGACAUCAAGAAGGUGCGCAUGGGUUGUAAUGGUAUUCCUUCGUAUUUUUGUUUAAUUAAGUACGAGUACAUGACUUGUAUCUGCAACUGUGUCCAUGAUACGACAACCCCUGAUCUUGGAGGUUGAUCGUUAUUCGUCAAGCAUUUCGCAUAGUCUCUCGUUGCACAAUCAUAUUUUUGUGAUAAUUAAUGCUAGACAACUAACUUUUGAUAAUGAUCAUCCCAAAUGCAAGAAAUAGAAGACAAGGGUAGGUGACCAACAAAAUGGUGGAGCCAGGUACCUCAAUCGUUCUUUUCGAUUCCUCAUUGCUUCCUAGACAUUGCCAACAGUCCGCUUUUUGGCGGUGUCAUCGCUUCUCUCUGCGACUGCGAC